UUUUUUUUUUUUUUUAUGAAUUUCAUUUAUGCAAAAUUCGUUUUCUUAGGUGAAUUAACACAGUAUUAUUAUUCUUAGAAAUUAUUUCGCUAAUUCUGCGUUCGUGUUUGUGUUUAUCGGAUGAACGUGGAAUUGGAGCUCAACCACAUAUUCCAUUAUUUAUGUAAAGUAAGUUUCACGAUUUCGUUCUUUUAAGGACAUUAUUUUGAUCUGGAAUUGUUGAAAGAUUGCAGCUUUCCUCUUUGUUUGAUGUGAUUCGCAACAAAGAUGUUGUGAAUUGAAUCAAUCAGGGGCAAGGUUGCAUCUAGUUUAAGAGUUCUGUAGAAAUUGGGAUAUAAUAUACUGUUUUUACGAAGUGGAAUUGGUAGUCUUAGCUUUUCUGAAGCCAGAUAAGAUAGGUUACUCUGUGAAAGAACAAACUUUGUUGUAAAAGCUUUAGGAACCCCUUUCUUAAGGAAAUUAUAGUUCUGUAGAUUUGGUUUCAAGUUACAACUGUGAUCUGUUUCUGUAUGGAUGACAUUGAGGAUGAUGCAAGGUAUCCCCCAAACCAUUAUAGCGAUAAUCAUAUACAAGUUUAUGAUUAUCAGGAACUUGACAUGAGGGGUUCUUCAUAUUCUCAGCCAGUUCCAAAUGAAUAUCUACAAGAUAAUAAUGAUGUGGAUGAAGAAGAUGAGGAGCAGUUAGGAGAGGGUGAAGAUGAUGAUAUAGAUCGAAGAAAUGGUUUUAGAAUUUCCCAAAAGGAUGCUGAUGACAAUGAUGAUGGGGAAGGUGACACAGAUGGAGAUGGAGAUGGCAAUAAUCAUGAUGAUAACAUUGAUGAAGCUAAUGAUGAUAACCGGAAAAUUCGUAACAAUUUUCGGCUUUCCCAGAAGGAUAACAAUGAUGAUGAGGAAGGUGACACAGAUGGAGAUGGCAAUGAGAAUGAUGAUAACAAUAAUGAAGGUAAUGAUGAUAACGAUAACAGUCAUGGCAAUAAGAUUGAAGAUGGUUUGGAGUGGCACCCAAAAAAGCAAAAGCUGAAGAGUUUGGUAUCUGCCUAUGAACUUGCACCUCGGGUGCCAGCCCCAUCAACUGCAGCUACCUCAGCUCCUAAACCAUCUUCAGGUGGUAGGAAUUCACUUACCGACUGGACUGAGCAUGAGACAUUUGUUCUUCUUGAUGCUUGGGGUGACCGGUUUCUUCAACGCGAAAGGAAGAGUCUUCGCUCUGAUGAAUGGCACGAAGUUGCAGACGAAGUAUCAAAGGUUUCAAAAAUUGAUAGGACGGAUACUCAGUGUAGAAAUCGUAUUGAUACAUUGAAGAAAAAAUACAAAAAGGAGAUCAUGAAGUUUCCUGCAAUGGGUGUUGGAAGUAGCAAAUGGCUUUAUUUCGAAAGGAUGAAUAUGCUAAUGUCUCCACCACAGCAAACAAGUCUCUCCUGUGAAAUGCAAUCACAAAAGCAUGCCAUUAUUAACUCAAGAAUUAAUUUGAACCAUCCAAAUGGAGUAGAUAAGACGAGGAAUAGUCCUGAGACUACAGAAUCUACUAGCGAAGACGGUUCAAUUGGGGCUCGUGGAAAGAAAAGGAAGAAAAGAAGAUGCAAUGAUGGAGCUUGUUCAUUCAGAUUGCUAGCUGAUUCCAUUCAUAAGUUCAGUAAGAUAUACGAGAAGAUUGAAAAUAGUAAAAGGCAGCAGAUGGUGGAGCUGGAAAGGAUGAGGAUGGAUUUGCAUAAGGAAUUGGAGACACAGAAAAGGCAGAUUUUGGAGAGAAUGCAGAGUAAGAUUUGGAAACUAGAGCAGGGAGAUGGCGAGAAUGAUGAUUCUGCUGAAAAUGGUAUGUGAUGUCAUAUGAACGAAGAACUAUGGUUCCUACUGUUAUGUGACAUAGAAGGUAGACACUAGAUUCACUAGUUGUUCAAUUGGAAAUUUGGGAUUAGAGGCAGUUUUUUCCUUGUUCAAAUUUUCCCUGUGAGACAAUACUCUUGGCUCUUGCCUGGCAAUGAUGUAUUAUUAUAGUUACCAGUUACUAGAAUAAUAGCUGGACAAUCCAGCCAUGUUAUUCCUA